AAUAAGGAUCAUAAGACGCUGGACUUCUUGAAAGACAAAUUCCCCCUAUCACACAUUUUGUUCGUCUGCAACAAAUUGGACACUACUAAAGAAGCAAAGCAAUAUGAUCGCAGGGCAGCGGCUCGCAAAGAUUCUCACGAUAAGGAAGAUGACGACGACGACGACGGCGACGGUGGUGGUGGUUGUAGCGGUGGUCAUUGUGAUGGCGAUGACGACGACAAUGACGACGAAGACAAAGACGAGGACAAGGAAGUCAACAGAGAGGAGCAGGAGCAGGAGCAUGAGGAAAAAGGAGCAGUUAUUAAGAAAGGAGAAGCUGUUUUCAAUCAGUUGAGAGACAAGUUUGCCCUGGGAGAAACGUGGGAAACAUGUCCCUUUUAUUACGCUAUGUCGGCAAAGGAAGUUCGCCAAGAGCGCUUAGCAAAGCGGGAGGCAGAGUCCACUAGAAGAUUUCGACGAUUUCAAACCAGCCUGCAGGAUCAUCUUGGAAAGGUCAUAAAGAACCAAACCAGAAGAGUAGUGCAGAAGCUCUUGGUUCUUCAAGAAAGCUUUGCCAACGUCGUCCAGGUGCAAAGGACUUCCAUCACGCAAAAAGCAUCUGUUGUGCCGGAAAUAGUACAAAAGGCAACCAAGGUUCAAAACAAAAUGGUCAAAUCAUUGUCAACAAUUACUCUUGAGUCACAGAAAUCAAAAAGGAAGAUUCUAGAGGACUUGGAAUUACUAAGGACGAAGAUUUUACACGAGGCCGAAGUGUAUAAAGUUGAAAGCCCACCCAAACUUCAACGGGAAUUCCAGACCAUGGUAAGAGAUGAGCUUCCAUCUUACUCGAACACACUCCUGAACGCUGCUUUUGACGUUGCGUUUGCAAAAUUUGUUGGCGACAUGAAAAGCAGCAUCUUGGAAAAGACAUGCCAAAUCCUUGAAAACGCUGUUCAAGUGCUAAUGAAGGAUUAUGUUAAUGAUCUCACGAUUGCUGUGACUGAGUUCAAUAAAGACCUCAGCAAUCCAAUUGUCUCUCGCAUUCUAGAGGAAAUUUACGACGUCCAGUUGUUGGCAGCUGAAGUAGAAACCGAUCAGCUUCUUCAACUUGUGAUGAAUGCACUCCUUGACUCUAUGAGCGAAGUUGCCAGAAUUGCAUUGAGGAUUGAGAUCUCGGAACCUCUCUCCAAAUGUCUCUGUCCGGAAGACUUGUCAAGCUAUGCUGCUAUUAAAAUAGAUGUUCUCAAGAAAACAACAAGACUGAACAUUUGCGGCACUCUACUGGCUACCAUUGACUUUAACCACGUAGUGGAUUCAGUUCGAGAAGCUUGCACUAGUCACCUUCUGAAAACGCACGAGCAAUUCAUAACUGCCUUGUCCUUAUUCAUCUCCUUGCAAGACGCCUUUGCUAACAGCGACAUGUCAUCGCAGCUUGAAGUGUUUCGUCUUUACUUUACCCCACAGAUACGUAAGCUGACUGUUGAGGGAAUGGCUUUGAAUUUUUUACAGAUCUUUGGACCUGUUACCCUCGGUCAACCUAUUGCCCAAGCACGGCAUGGCAUUAUCUAUGAAUGCACAAGCCCACGUUGGUGCAGAGCUUCGCCUUCCGGUCAGUGUGUGGUUAAGGUUCUUGACAGGAGAGAUGUGGGAGAGAGUGCCUGGAACCAGACUGCUGUUGAUUUAGUCAAUAUGAGGGAUAUAAUUGAGCAACUCCAUGGCUCUCACACAAACCUGUUGCGCCUGCAUGGCUGGGUUAUCCCUACGGAUGAUAUCUUACACGUCGUCAUGGAGAAGGCAGACAGGGUGCUGCUGUGCGCUCUCCAAGAAGGACUACCGCUGUACAGGAGGAUGCGCAUAGCACUGGAUGUGGCUGAAGGACUAAAGGCCAUUCACGAUAUUGAUUACAUUUAUGAGGAUCUCAAACCUGGAAACAUCUUGCUGAUGUUUGAUGGAACAGCCAAGAUCAACCUUGCCAAACCAGAGAGUCCUUAUGACAUGACACCUCUGGGUGCACCAUUCCACAUUUCACCUGAAAUGUACCAGUAUCAUGAUAGAGGCCACCUCAGUUACAGUUCGUACGACAUCUAUGCAUUUGGAAUGCUUCUAUGGGUACUCUGUGAAGGAACUGGAACGGCACGGCCGGAAGUGUACAAAGACCUGGAAACCAUUGAAGCCAUGCAGAAAGUGGUGGUGGAAGGUGUUGUACCAAAGAGGCUUCCUGUGGUGAGCGAUGCAUGUUGGGAAUUGAUGAGGAGGUGCUGGGAUGAAAGAGAAUCCUUGCAAAUGAUACACCUCGUGACAAAAUUGCAACUGAUAUUGGAAGCAUGCAUGUCAGAAAUCAAUGAAAAGUAACAGUUGUACUCAUAUAAAUAAACUACUCUGUACCCCUUACAAAUGGAAUGUAGUUCCAUGUCCAUAAUGUUAAGGGACCACGCUAGGCAGGUGAACUGAUUGCGAAAAAUCAAAAGUAUGUAGGAAGUAGCUGAAGAAUGAACAUAAGAUGGCUCCGUUCAGUGCACAUGAAAAAAUGCCUGAUUCCACAUGCGAUUAAGAAGUUGCUCUCUAAGUAAUCGAAGAUGGAUUACACAGUAGUAAAAAGACGGCAUAACAAAUGAGUGAAUAAAUAAAUGAGUGCAUGGUUGCAGUAAUUCACGUAUUCAGCAACAUAUAUCCAUAUUUUAAGCAGUUAAUAUCAAAUUUAUCUUACCUGGUAUUUAAUUACGUUCAGUAAGUUCGAUUUUAUAUCGCUCAGUUUUAUGAGCUUAUAAUUCCAGGAAGGUUACUUUAAGUACACGUGUAUUUUAGAGCAAAAAACACGAAAAAUGUAGCUAGCGUAAUCAACUAUACCUGCGUAAAUAAAUCACAGUGAUGAUGACAAUUCAAUGAGUAAACGAACAAAAAGUAACGAUAUCGAUUUUCCAUUGUGCUGCGAGAUUUAACAAGUUCAAUGAAAUAGAAAUUCAAAACAUAAUUAAUUAAUGGUAAUUUUCGCUGGAGGAUUGCAUAAUUACUAAUUUACAAUCACUGCCAGGACUCAGUGACUUUUACGUGGUGUAGAAGACACAGAACAAAAAAAAAACAAUGAAAACAGUAAGUGUUCUUUUGUGGCGCGUACUGUGUCUUCUGCAUCAAGAACGAGCCGACCCCGUUUGCUUUUGAGCAAUGAGACACGUACUUAUUCGCCAUCUCGGUAUUGGUCUAGUAAUCCCACAAAAGUAACUUCAAAUAUUCCAUACGUUCAAAAUGUCGGAGCUUCCUGGUUAGAAAUACAAUAGGAAUAAAUUUUUUCGGCCAAAAAAAGCCUUUAAGGAGUAUGAGUUGUGUUUAUUUCCACCAUUGUUGAUAUUAUCAUGUCCCAUUCAUUUCGAUUCCGGUCCCUCAGGCAGAUCACAAGCUUCACGUGAAUGGCGGGGGUGAAAGCUCUUCACCAAAUCAUUAUCAUGUCCCAUUCAUUUCGAGUCUGGUCCCUCAGGCUGCUCACAAGCUUCACGUGAAUGGCGGAGGUGAAAGCUCUUCACUGAAUCAUUAUCAUGUUCCAUUUAUUUCGAGUCUGGUCCCUCAGGCUGCUCACAAGUUUCACGUGAAUGGCGGAGGUGAAAGCUCUUCACUGAAUCAUUCGAAUUCGAUGGAUCAAAACCAUCUUAUGCUUCGAUAGACGCUGAAAAUGGCAAACAGGGCCAACAAGAACACCUUCCAAGAAUUGCCUCAGAUCACCAUCGAUAAGCUAGCCGAACCCCCCGAAGGUAAACGUGCUAACAAAAAAAGGGCUACGCCCAAGUGGAUAGUGAUUAAUAGAAUUGCCGAUCUCGUAUGGUACCAAUCUGGACCAAAAGAGAAUAAAAUGAAAAGCAAGAAUUUACAGAGGCCUAUUGACUCCGAUCUUCGACAGACGACCGAUGUUUAUGCUAAGCACACUCUUAACACAAACAAUGCAAAUGUACUAGACUGUUCUAAACAAGGAAACAAUAGAGAAGAGUUUAUCGAGACGACGAUAUUGACAAAUCCGGAAUAUCCAUUCGAAUUGUCUGAAAGUUAAUACCAAAAGAAAGAAAUCCAGUAAUACCCACCUCAGUUUACCAACCAAUUCUGUAGUGUCAUGCGCUAGUGAGUGGACACAUCAAAAUAAUAAUAGACAGGCCUGUUUUGUACAGCUGGUGAAAAGUUUAUUCAAAACAUUACUUAUUAACUGAAACAUCUUGCAAGUUAGCUAUACUUCCAAAAAUACUGACAACUACAAGAACUUUAGAUUAUAUUCCCUUGCACGUAGAAUGCAACUAAGCUAAGCUUCAGAACGUUAAUUAUCAACUAAAAAGUCUUGCAAGUUAUUUAUACUCCCAAAAAUACUGACAAUGCAACUAGAAGAACUUUAGAUUAUAUCCCCUUACAAGUAGAAUGCAACUGAGCAAAGCUUUAGAACGUGAAUUAUCAACUAAAAGACUGACAAGUUAUUUAUACUCCCAAAAAUACUGACAAUGCAACUAGAUGAACUUUAGAUUAUAUUCCCUUACACGUGGAAUGCAACUAAGCUAAGCUUUAGAACGUUAAUUAUCAACUAAAAAGUCUUGCAAGUUAUUUAUACUCUCAGAAAUACUGACAAUGCAACUAGAAGAACUUUAGAUUAUAUUCCCUUAUACAUGGAAUGCAACUAAGCUAAGCUUCAGAACGUUAUUUACCAACUAAAAGGUCUUAAAAGUCAUUUUCCACACUCCCAAAAAUACUGAUAACCAGGAGAAGUUUAGAUUAUAUUCCCUCGCAUGUGGAAUGCAACUAAGCUAAGCUUCAGAACGUUAAUUAUCAACUAAAAAGUCGUAAAAGUUCUUUAUACUCCCAAAAAUUCUGACAACUACAAGAACUUUAGAUUAUAUCCCCUUGCACAUGCCCUGAAACUAAGCUACGCUAAGCUUCUAUCUGUUGCCUGUUCUAUUUCUCCUUUUACUUUUCUUUUUCUUGGUGGGGCGUUGGGAGUAGAGAUUUUUAAAAUACCUUGUGGAAGUUGACUCGACAAUAAAAAUCGAAAACCAUCUUUACAAGUAUUUCAACGAAGAUCUGCCAAAAACGGCAAUACUUCUCCCCUCAGUGGAAAUAUCACUGUUGAAACUUUUCUCACUGUAUCAACGCCCUCUUAUUUAGUUUUGGUACUUAAUACGAGGUAGCUAGCUCGCCCGUCUUUCCUAUCGCUGUUUCACAUGAAACGAUGCGAGGUAUAACUGAAGAAUAUGGCUGACUCAGCUCUAACAACAGAUCUUGAUGACGCAGCCUUAAAGUUCUAUCAAGCUCAUUGAAUUAAUAUUCUCUUGUUAAUUCUAUCAUUUAGCAGGAUGUAGUUAGCCAUUGAAAACUGCUCCUCGACUAGCUCAUCCGUCUUUCCUAUCACCAUUUUACAUAGCCGAAAACGAUGCGAGGCUCAACUAGUUGAAGAAUAUCGCUGCCCCCAAAAUCGGAUCCCGAGGGCGCAGUCUGAAAAGAACCUACUCUUCAAGUUCCAUCGAUGACUAUCCGUCUUGUUUAUGAUAUUUGUCAGUGUUUCUCCAUCUAACCAAACUUAGAACUAAUUUUUAGGUGUACUUCACGAAAAUGGUUAUUAUGGUAUAGAAACAAUGAUAUUCUGGUGUAAACAAUUGACACUGUUUUGUCCAUUCAUCAAAUUAAACUGGAUGCUGAAAUCGUAACCGGAACCAGAGGUCUUCUUUUGCCAGUUGACGACGGCCAAUAUACGACUGAUAACUGACGACCGACGACAACAA